ACACUAAGCACCAUUUUGAGUAUUUUCUCGACCAAAAAUUGUGAUGUUGGUUGUCCGUUGCCAUAACAUGGAAUUUGUUCCAUGACCUUUUUCCAUAGAAUACAGACUGAAAAACCAACACUGGGAACAAAUUUCCCAUCAGCUAAAAGAGCAAAGCACCUUCAAUAAAACGCUAGAAUAACUAUGCAGAAGCUCCUCUCCAAAAUCCCCAAAAAUCUCUCAAAUGUAAGCAAAAAUCCUUCACAAACAUUCCUCUUUCUAACUUCCAAGACAAACCAAUGUCACCCUUUACCACAGCAACACCACCUUUUUUCUACCACAUACAAUACUUUCUCACACUCACACUUACGGAAGCCACAAAAUGUUAAAUUCCCUCAUGGGGUUUUCUCAAACCCACUCUUUUCAAAGAAAGUGUUACCAAAUACCCUUUUCAGAGGUGAUUUAAGCAGGGUUUUAGUUAACCAGACUGUUGGGGUUGUGAGGACUCAGUUUGGAAGAAGAAAUUUUCAUUCUAAUUUCCCAUUUGGUUCCACUAGACUUGGCUGGAGAUCAGGUUUUGGGAGGUUUUCUACUGAUGGAGUGGUGUUAGCCCUGAUCUUAACUAAUGUAGCUGUGUUUUUGUUAUGGCGUGUUGCUGAUAAUAGAUUCAUGAUGAGGAACUUCAUGAUUUCAGUAGCCAAUUUUACAAGUGGACGGAUUCACACAUUGAUAACAUCUGCUUUCAGUCACAUUGAUGCUUGGCAUCUUAUCUCUAACAUGGUUGGACUAUACUUCUUUGGAACAAGUAUCGGUAGAACUUUUGGGCCUGAGUUUCUUCUGAAGCUGUAUCUAUCUGGAGCAGUUGUUGGCUCAGUUUUUUACUUGAUAUAUCACGCCUUUAUAGCUUCAUCACUGCAGGCACAAAGAGGACAAUUUCUGAGCAUGGAUCCAUCACGAGUUCCUGGAUUGGGUGCAAGUGGGGCUGUAAAUGCAGUGUUGCUGCUUGAUAUAUUCCUGUUCCCUAAAAAGACUCUGUAUUUUGACUUUAUUAUUCCCGUCCCAGCAAUCUUACUGGGAAUCUUCAUUAUUGGAAAAGAUGUCUUAAGAAUAUUGGAGGGUGACACUCAAAUCUCUGGAUCUGCUCAUCUGGGUGGGGCUGUCACGGCUGCUAUUGCAUGGGCUCGAGUAAGAAGAGGAAGAUUCUGAAGACUUAGUUCCUCGGAAAUGGUGAAGUACCAAGAUGCCCCUUUGAAUAGCAGCAAUUGUCACAUUCUACAUUCAUGGAUAUUACCAACUCAAUUUGCAGCCUGAAAGUAUGAUGCUUCUGACCAAACCAGAUACUGGUUGCUUCUUACAGCAAUGACAAUUCUAACACUUGGGAGUUACAACCUGUAUUGAGAAUAGAAUUAUGGUAAAAACACACCUGAACUAUCACUUUUUCGCGAGUUUACCUGUUAGUUGUUCCCUUUUUCCUACUUGAACUAUCAUAUAGGUGUGUUUUAAUACAUAGAUGGUAAUAGUUCAGGUAGGAAAAGGGAACAACUAAUAGUUAAACUCGCGAAAAAGUGAUAGUUCAGGUGUGUUUUUGACCAUCACCUCUUGAGAAUAUGUAUCAUUUAACCAUAGCCAAGUGAUAAGUAGUCACACUUGGUGACUUUAUUAUCACCGGAUGAACCUCUUUCCACUUAACCUUCAUAUGUUUUGCCACAAAAUUCUUACUUAAACCGGCCGCUCUCUUGUUAUACAUGUAACGUUGCUUGUCAUUUCCA